AAAAGGGCUGGGCACAGCUUUACAUUGCCUGUGGCUUGACAGCCCCCCUUUAUGGGAGCUAUUUUGGGUAUCUCCUGGCCUGACUGGGUCUCAGCACCAGCUCCUGCCUCCUUUUGCUUCAGCUGAGCUGUUGGAUUCAGGAACCCCCUCAUCCAGACCACAGCCAUGGCCACUUCGGCAAGCUCCCAACUCAGCAAAGCCAUUAAGCACAUGUACAUGAAGCUGCCACAGGGGGAGAAGGUCCAAGCCAUGUACAUCUGGAUUGAUGGGACAGGGGAGCACCUCCGCUGCAAAACCCGCACUCUGGACCACGAGCCCAAGAGCCUUGAAGAUCUCCCUGAGUGGAAUUUUGAUGGCUCCAGCACCUUCCAGGCUGAAGGCUCCAACAGUGACAUGUACCUGCGACCUGCUGCCAUGUUUCGGGACCCUUUUCGCAAGGAUCCAAAUAAACUAGUUCUCUGUGAGGUCUUUAAAUACAACCGUCAGUCUGCAGAGUCAAAUCUCCGACACACCUGCAGGCGGAUUAUGGAUAUGGUGUCCAACCAGCAUCCCUGGUUUGGGAUGGAGCAAGAGUACACUCUUCUGGGAACAGAUGGACAUCCAUUUGGCUGGCCUUCCAACGGCUUCCCUGGACCCCAGGGUCCAUACUACUGUGGUGUAGGGGCAGAUAAAGCCUAUGGCAGAGACAUUGUGGAGGCCCACUACCGAGCGUGCCUUUAUGCUGGUGUGAAAAUUGGAGGAACCAAUGCAGAAGUGAUGCCAGCCCAGUGGGAGUUCCAGGUGGGACCAUGCGAAGGGAUUGAGAUGGGGGAUCACCUCUGGAUUGCACGCUUCAUCCUCCAUCGGGUGUGCGAAGACUUUGGUGUCGUUGUGUCCUUCGAUCCCAAACCCAUCCCUGGGAACUGGAACGGUGCUGGCUGUCAUACCAACUUCAGCACCAAGAGCAUGAGGGAAGAUGGAGGUCUCAAGCACAUUGAAGAAGCCAUCGAGAAGCUGAGCAAGCGUCACCAGUACCACAUCCGUGCCUAUGACCCCAAAGGGGGGCUUGACAAUGCCAGGCGCCUGACUGGUUUCCACGAGACAUCCAACAUCCAUGAGUUCUCCGCUGGCGUGGCCAACCGUGGCGCCAGCAUCCGCAUCCCCAGGAAUGUGGGCCAGGAGAAAAAGGGCUACUUUGAGGACCGCCGGCCCUCUGCCAACUGUGAUCCUUACGCUGUGACAGAGGCCCUCGUCCGCACGUGUCUCCUCAACGAAACUGGAGAUGAGCCUUUUGAGUACAAAAACUAAGCAGACUGCGCCCACGGGCACCACCUUCCCCCCGCACUUCCCACACCCCUAAACUUCCCUUCUAGAUGUAAUCCCGAGGGUACAGGAUAACACAUUUUGUGUCUCAGUAACUCUUGUUGUCUUUAGGUAGGGAGGAGGGCAAAUUUAGUUCUAUCAAUUUCUGUUUGUGAUUGACUCUUCGGAAGACAAGAGAAGGAGAGGGUGUUAGAGAACUUUUAACCACUGUUUUCUUUUUUGUCUAAUUCAUGUGUACAUCUUAUGGGAUCCAGUGGCUUCCAGGGACAGACUACACAGGCAAAAAGCUAGCGGGUGGGAAGCUUAAAACCAUCGCUGACUUCCCCAAGGAUCAAAUUUGGGUUGUUAGCCCCACUGCUGGCUCUCUGCAGACUAAUGGUUCUCUAAGGUUGUUUCCAUUCUGUAGAGAAGGGAAGACAGGAGCUGUGAUGUAGCUCAGUGUGCUUCCAGCUGUAUUGUGUGAUGAGAUCUUCACCUUCUAGUCGCUCUGAGAUUUCUGGUAAUUGUCUGGCACAUUGAGCUCCACACAGGAGCGGUGAGGAGAAUUCCUGGUUGUGUUACUGGAAGUCACCUGAUCUCUGUCUCAUAACACAGAGUGAAGUAGUAUUUUUAUAUUUAAAUAUAAAAACGACAAAAAAUAUAUGAAAGUGUUUCUUAAAAAAAUAAAAAAUUAGAUGGCCACCCAGUUGGAGCAGGCAGAGCUGCUGUGGAUGCUGUCAGAGGGCCUCCAGGUGGGACUGAGGGUUUGCUUGGAGGGCUUGGUGGAGGAGACUUGGAUGAGAAUUGUUUCAGCGUGGAGUGGAACUUGCAGGAGGUAGUUCCCAGACUCGGGAAGCCCAUAACUAGAGCAGCUGCAGUGUGCUCAUUAGGGUGUAGAUCAACAGGAGGAAAGCGUCCUGAACUAAGAGUUGACCGGUCAACUUGACUGCAUUCUGGUCAGAGCUGUGGGUGUUUUACCUUUCCAGCAGGGCUAGCAUGUCACUAAAGCAGGGCUUUUAAUAAGGUUAAAAAAAAAGUUUUAGAUACUUUUUUUUUUUUCAUUUUUUUUCCCUGAGGUUCUUAGUUUCUAAAGCUGAGUGGUUUUACAGAGACCAUUGGUGUCACUGUUGUGUCCUGGCUGCUGGGCUGCCUGCUAUCCAGCUGUGAUGGGAGCUAGGAGAAGGGAGAGGCCACCUAUCCCUCCUGGCCAGCCCUGGCACCGUCCAGCUUGUGCUGGUGGGUUCAAACGUUCCGGGAUUUUACACUUGGGUAUCUUAGAUGGUGCCAGUUAUAUUCCGUUGCAUUUGGACUUUUGAAUAGUUGUUGGGUUUUGGGUUUGGUUUUUUUACAAUAAAAAAAGAACAAAAUCUUAA